GACGUUGCUUCUUUUGAAAGAAGGAAAAAAAAAACAGUUUGCCUUCUGCCUUUGUUUCAAAAUCAUUAAUACAAAGCGCAGACGGUUUGUAACCAUUGCUGGCAAACGUUUUUAAUCUUCUGUAGGUAAAUAUAUGGUAAGGGUAAGAAGUACCAACGACGACGAAGUAAGAGGAACUAGUGGGUGGAAAAAAGGGAAGAGGCUGUUUAAGGGGCCCACGUGGCAAAGAGCUCAUCUCCCAGGGAAAGAACCCUGCAGAAAACUCCAAUCCCUGCCCUGGGAUGGACUGAAGACCUCACUUAGCCAUGACGAGACUCGCAGUGAGGCAGAAACUGGCACACGCUGCAAAAGAAGAGUGAAAAGAAAAACAGGCACAGGAAAGAUAUCUGCAGGGAAUUGCACCACCCUCAAUGUACAUGUCAGCCUCCAGUUACACCCUACCUACCAGACACCCGGCACCCCUGUACCCUCCAGCUUCUGCCUGACACACGGAAUCUGGCAUGGCACAUGUGAGAUACAGGCCAACCCCCAGACUCAGAUCUCAGAAUAGAAGAGAUGCGCUCGAAAAUGAGGACCUCGGCUGCGCGUGACAGAUACCAUUCCGGGCAGAGCCAUGAGAAGAAAGAAUCCCAACCCAGAGACAGCGAGUCGCCUGACAUAUAUUAUAAUCGGUUUGCACCAACCAGUCCAAUUUCGAUUACACAAUUAGUUAGAUCGAGCUAUGUGAACAUAUGUAAGAAGGAUUUGAAUUUUACGACCAUUAACUUCUAAUCGCUAAUUUUAUAUAUCUUUCAUAUAACUGAAGUUGAAGUUUGUUUUGUUCAACAACACUAUAUACUAGAACACAUUGAUUUAUUAAUCAUCACCUGUUGGAUGUGAAAUAUUUGGGUUUUUAUUACAUGUGUUCUUGUAGUCUAUAAGAAAAAUUAACCCUCUAUAUUUUUGCCUUAGAAGUAACAGAUCUUUUUUUGUGCACUUUCCGACAGACAGGACAGCACAUACAUGUCAUUUGAUACACAUACAUGUCCUUUGAUAUAUAUAU